UCCGGGUUGUUAGCCUGUCGCGUUGGCUACCCGCUUUGUACGCAAAUAAAAUACAAAUGCAACUAAUUGUAAAGUUAAUCAUGAGCAUUGGAGCCACUGACCUGCAAAAACAUGUUUCCGAGUGACUUUGCAUGGGGAGCUGCAACUGCAGCAUAUCAGAUUGAAGGGGGUUGGCAAGCAGACGGCAAGGGUCCGAGCAUCUGGGACACAUUUUGUCAUGAGGAGGGCCAUGUGUGCGGUGCGCAGACAGGUGAUGUGACCUGCAACAGCUAUGAAUUGUGGGAAAAAGACCUGAAGUGCAUCCAGCAACUCGGGCUGACCCACUACCGCCUGUCACUCUCCUGGUCCCGCCUCCUUCCUGAUGGGACUACCGGACAUGUCAAUCAAAAAGGUGUCCAGUACUACAACAAGGUGAUUGAUGAUUUACUGUCAUGUGACGUGUCCCCCAUGGUCACGCUCUACCACUUCGACCUGCCUCAGUCCCUGCAGGAUCGCGGCGGCUGGAAAGCGUCCGCCAUCGCCACCCUCUUUGACGGCUACGCUCGCUUUUGUUUCCAAACGUUCGGGGACCGUGUCAAACUCUGGCUCACCAUCAACGAGCCGUACGUGUGCGCCAAGUACGGCCACGAGGACGGCGUCCACGCGCCGGGCCUGAAAGAAGCGGGAACCACGGCCUACCUGGCCGCUCAUAACAUGUUGCGAAGCCACGUUAUGGCUUGGCACAGCUACAACUCGCUCUACAGGCCAAAGCAGGGUGGUGCAGUGUCCCUGGCCAUCAACAGUGACUGGUUCGAGCCGUUUCGCCCAGAGCACGCCGCAGAUGUCGCCGCUUCAGAUCGCUCCCUGGCCUUCACCUUGGGAUGGUUCGCGUGGCCGCUCUUCGUCACCGGGGAUUACCCGGACGUAAUGAGGGCUGCCAUCGAUGCUCAGAGCAGCAAUCUAGGCUACGACGGUAGCCCGAGACUUCCCGCCUUCUCUGAGGACGAGCCGUCCGCGUUAGGCACGGCCGACUUCUUUGCCUUGAACUAUUACACAUCUCGAAAGGUCAAACACGGAUGCGUCGGCCAGCGACGGAUUUGCAUGAAACACGACCGGGACACGGAGGAUGUCUUGGAUCCCAAUUGGAGUAUUUGUGGCGCGCCCUGGUUGGCAGUGGUGCCGUGUGGCUUGCGCAAGCUCCUCAACUACAUCAAGGACACAUUUGGCGACCCAGUGGUCUAUAUUACAGAAAAUGGCUUCUGUCAGACGGGGCCGUUGGUGAUGGAGGAUGCUCAGCGUGGCGAGUUUUACAAGGAAACCAUCCAGGAAGUGGAAAAAGCUAUCGGAGAAGACGGCGUCAAUGUCCGCGGCUACUUUGCCUGGUCACUUCUGGACAACUUUGAGUGGGCAGACGGAUUCGAUCUCCGCUUUGGAUUGUUCCACGUGGACUUUUCCGACCCUGAGAGAAGGCGAACGAUAUACCGCUCUGGAUUGGAGUAUGCGGAGAUCAUCUCAAAAUACAAAGGUGUGCACUCUAAAUGAGGCCAAUGCCUUCAAUUAUUAUUAUUUUUUUUAAAUUGGUCACUUUUUGGCUACAUACUCUAUAGAAAAACAACCAAUUACAUUCACUCAGAGAUAUGGAAAAACCAGAACACUGAUUCUUUAGUGUCGUGCUUCUCAAACUUUUUACACCAAAUACCAUCAAAUAAAAUACUCUCGGAAACAAAUCAUACUUGACGAUUUGCUUAAAAUGUAUUUCACAUCAGCUAAAAGUAUACCCAAACAACAAAUUAUGAAAGAUUAAAUGAAAUUGUACUGUUCGAAAAAAUUAAAUACAA